UGUAGUCUUUAAGCGCGAUGGCUCAUGGGCAGUGUAGUCCUCGGUGCAUUGUGGUCCCUGUAGUCUCUAAGCGCGAUGGCUCAUGGGCAGUGUAGUCCUCGGUGCAUUGUGGUCCCUGUAGUCUCUAAGCGCGAUGGCUCAUGGGCAGUGUAGUCCUCGGUGCAUUGUGGUCCCUGUAGUCUCUAAGCGCGAUGGCUCAUGGGCAGUGUAGUCCUCGGUGCAUUGUGGUCCCUGUAGUCUCUAAGCGCGAUGGCUCAUGGGCAGUGUAGUUCUUUCCCCUCCCCGCGGUGCAGUGUGGGUGACUAUAUUUGCAAACUGCGCGUUGUUUGCACAUUUAGCCCAGUUUAAAUCCCCCUCCUUCCCCCAGUAAGUUGCUUCGUGGAUCGAUUUUCAAAUUCCACCGGCCAGCCCCCGAACCGAUUUUGAUUUUUCUCACAAGGACUGAAGGAGAGAGAGAGAGAGCCAGCGGGAGGUAAGCGGGAGUAGGAUGUACAAUGGGAUCGGGCUGGUCACCCCGCGAGGGAGUGGCACGAAUGGCUACGUCCAGCGCAACCUGUCCACCGUGCGUCCCCGGAGGGGCCGGGAGGACGUCAGGACGGACGAGGAGCUGGACAGGCUGGAGAGCAGCCUGACCAGAGCUCCCAACCCUGAGAUACUGGAGCACGAGAGGAAGAGGGGCCUGGAGCUGAAAUGUGUACAGCUGCAGGAUAUGAUGGAGGAGCAGGGGUACUCUGUGGAGGAGAUCGACGAAAAAGUCGCCACCUUCAGGCUGAUGCUUCAAGAGAAGGAGGAGCCACUGCUCAAAGAGGCAGUGCCGAGCGAGAGACCCACGGUAACGGAGACGCACCAGCUGGCGGCAGCCAAUCAGCUGAAGAACGAGCGUCUGAGAGCCGCCUUCGGGAUCCGGGACGAUUACGAGGACGGGAGCUCCUUCCACCCCGAGAGGAGGGCGCGAGAGCGGGAGAGGAGGGAGCAGGAGGAGAGGAGCAAGAAGGACUACAUAAUUAUCCCAGAGGAAUCGGAAGGCUCGGCCUCUCCUUCGCCCCGCAGUCGCAACAAGAAGAAAAAGGCGGCGAAAGAGAGGAGUUCAGACAGCGAGUCUGCGUCGCCACGGCGAUCGAAGAAGAAAUCAAAGAAAAAGAAACAGAGGUCCAGAUCUGAGCAAAAGCUUCCAACUCGAAGGUCUCGUAGCCCGAAGCACAAAAGCAAAUUGAAGGGAAAAGAGAAGAGACACCGAACCUGCAGCCGGUCUCCGCCCCCACAGAGACGCGGUCAUAAAGGAAGUUCCUCCUCUUCCUCCUCCCCUUCCUCUCGAGGCAGUCAAAGCAAGUCCCCCGUCACCCUUAGAGACGCACAAGCCUCUCAGCCAACCAGGAGAGGAGAGAGGGGAAGGGGGCGGUCCCCGGCGCGGUCAGCCACGCCCCCGAGAGGCAGGAAGGGGCAGGGCCACAAACACAGCAGUGGUGAGCGUUCUGGGAGCAGAGAGAAAUCCCCAGGCCGUCCCGUCACAGACAGAGGCAACAAAGGGGGUCCCAGAGAGAACCCCAAAAACAGAUCUGGGUCCCCAGCUGAGAGAAGAGGAGGCAGAGGAAAUGCCCUCAGGGGAGAGAGAGACUCCCCUAAACGCAGACAGGGGGGGUCAUCCCAGGACAGGGGAGACAGGGGCUCCCCCAAACACAGGCGCAGCCCCUCGAAACAACGCAACCGGGAGACCACAGGAGAGAGAGGGAGGGAGGGGGGCGGUGCUUUGACCAGACACAGAUGGAACAGCCCCGAGAGAGAAUCGAGAGCAGAGAGAGGAGAAAGGGGGUCCCCUAGGAACAGGAGGGAGACCCCAGAAAGAGAGGCAGACCCCAGAGCUGAGAGGAGAGACAGGAGAGGAGGUGAUAGAGGGACCCCAGAAAGAGAGGCAGACCCCAGAACUGAGAGCAGAGGAGGCGAUAGGGGGACCCCGGAGAGAGAGGCUGACCCUACAACAGAGAGGAGAGACAGGAGAGGAGGCGAUAGAGGGACCCUGGAGAGAGAGGCGGACCCCAGAACUGAGAGGAGAGGAGGCGAUAGGGGGACCCCAGAGAGAGAGGCUGACCCUACAACUGAGAGGAGAGACAGGAGAGGAGGCGAUAGAGGGACCCUGGAGAGAGAGGCGGACCCCAGAACUGAGAGGAGAGGAGGUGAUAGGGGGACCCCAGAGAGAGAGGCUGACCCUACAACUGAGAGGAGAGACAGGAGAGGAGGCGAUAGAGGGACCCUGGAGAGAGAGGCGGACCCCAGAACUGAGAGGAGAGGAGGCGAUAGGGGGACCCCAGAGAGAGAGGCUGACCCUACAACUGAGAGGAGAGACAGGAGAGGAGGCGAUAGAGGGACCCUGGAGAGAGAGGCGGACCCCAGAACUGAGAGGAGAGGAGGCGAUAGGGGGACCCCAGAAAGAGAGGCAGACCCCAGAACUGAGAGGAGAGGAGGGGGGGAGAGGGAUUCCCCUGACAGAGCCCGGAAGGCGGGGAGACAGGAACGGAUACGUGACUCCGAUCACGGAGAUCGAUCGAAGCAGAGGUUGCCCCGCUGUCGUUCUUCAUCGUCCUCCUCUUCUUCAUCCUCUUCCUCCUCCUCCUCCUCCUCUCCCUCCCCCAAAGCCAACGGGAGAGACCGGAGGAGAGGAGAGGCAGAUAAAGGGAAGAGGGGAGGCGAGCAGGAUGUAGAAGAGGCUGCUGCUUCUGAUGCAACUGCAGCUGAAGUAACUACAACAAGUAUAGCUACUGCUAGUAGGGAGGAAGAUAGUAUUAAUGAUGUUACCAGAAAUAACAGGAGCAGAGGAGCUGAAAGUCUGGCUCGCGAAGAACGGGACAAAAGGACGAUUGACUUUCCGCCUUUAAAGGAGAAGUCGGGGUCAGGCUUGAGCCCCGAAAUCUCCACAGCCUCUCGCGCAGAAUCGUCCAAGACCGCCGCGUGUCAAGACAGAGAGAUGGAUGAGAGAGGAGGAGGAGGAGGGGAUAAGGAAGAACCGUCAAGUUCAACCCCGGCCGCGAGAAGCGGCGAUCGGGACGUCCGCCAGGGCAGUGGCAGCGACACGCAGGCGUCGGGGAUCGGAAACGGGAGCAGCCGGGAGAAGCAGAGGAUCGGCGGCUCGGAAUCCGGGAAGCCGGGAUCGGAGCCGGCCCGGCUGGAUCUCGCGACGGCGAGAAAUUCCGGGGAAAAGCCGGGAGUCGAGGAGGAGCGUCGAAGGGUGGAAACGGCGACCGAGAGAAAGGAAGAGAAAAAUAAAGGGAAAAAACCAAGAAAGGAUAGCAGUUCCUCCACCAGCUCCAGUUCUGGUUCCAGUGAUUCUGGUACCAGCUCUUCUAGUGGGUCCAGCAGCAGCAGCAGCAGCAGCAGCGGCGAUGAAGACAGUAGCAGCAGCAGCACAGACUCGUCUGAUUCUUCUUCCACUUCUGAGUCGGAGUCCGACGACCAGAAGGUCAAAAAGUCCAAACUGAAAAACAGCUCUGCGAUUGCUGCCACCGUAGAGGAACCAGGGGACAAAUCUCAUAAACGGCGGUGCAGUGGAAAGGAGGACGAGGACAGGGAACUUGGUGCGGCAGCAAAGUCUGGGAGGACCGACGCAAAGCCGGUGGAGGUGAAGGAGAUGGCUGGAGCGGAGUGUCGAAGGGGAAAGCAGCUGCCUUCAGAAGAGGAGAUGGAAGUCGAUUCCUCGCGGUCGAGAUCCGGGCCGAAGAGGGACGCUGGCGCCGCUGCUGCUUCUCCGGUUUUUCCGAGGCGCGAAGAAUCCGGGAGGAACAGGGAUUCUCCGUCUCCGGGAAGAGAGAGGGAUCAUUCGCCAGAGGUAAGGAGCAGCAGGAGGAAGGAAGAAGAUGGUAAUGAGGUGUCUGGGAAAUCCAGGUUCAGAGAGAGGACGACGACGGCAACUCCUCCCAGGAAACAGAGACGCUCUCCGUCUUUUGAAAGGACAGGGAAGGAAGUGAGACCAGACUCCGGGACUCUGGAUAAGAGAUCUUCCGACAUCCCGACGGAGGAGAAGGGAGUAGCUUCGUGCGGACCUGAAGAAAGAUCCCCUCCCAUUCCCGUUCCUCCUUCUCGCAGCCGGCAAAGUGACUUCUCUCGGUCUCCCGAGACGACUUCUUCCACCAGGGAGGAGAAACCCGACGAGAGGCAUUCCCCUUUGUCUGCGAGGAGGAGUCGAUCACCAGGCAGAGAGGAUAGCGGGGUCUCGAAGUCUUCCAAGAUGCUGCACAGCAAGACCCUGGCUUCGAGGCUCGCCGCCAAACCCAGCGAGAGAUAUUCCCCGAGCGGGACGCACACAGACAGCGACUCCUCGUCGCCUUCCCCAGAGAGGGGAAUCCAAUCGAAGGCCCCGGUUUGGUCGCCCGCUGUCUCCAAAGCCGCCCCUCCUGUUGGCGCGUGUUCGAGGCAGCCCUCCCAGUCCACUGCGGUCAGCCGUGGCCAGCGUUCUGAAUCUCCACUCGGGAGGAGCAGCCAAACUCCUCCCCCCAGAUCAGGCAGGUGGGACAACAAAGUGUCCGUGCCUUUCCAGGGUAAAAAGUCGUCGGUCGGGCAGCUGUAUUCUCCAACUGGGACCGACAGUUCUGACUCUGAAUCGCCGGUCAGACAGAAGAGCGGGUCGCCUCCCACGAAGUCGCAACCCCCUGUCGCCGCGGCAGCGACCAAAACGGGGGAUCGUCUGGCUUCCAGGGAGAGCCAGGAUUCCCAAUCUCCAGUCAGGAGAAGUAGCCAAACUCCUCCUCAUCCUCCUCUUAGCUCAGGCAAGUGGACGAAAGUGUUCUCUCCUCCUUCCCAGGGUAAGAAGCCCAACGUCGAGGAGUUGCGUUCUCCGACCGGGAGAGACUGCGAUCCCGAUCCAUUGGUGAGGGAUCCCAAAUUGAGCAGGUGGGAUAAAGAGGAGGGGGAGGAGCAGGAAGUAGUGGAAUCUCUCUCCAAAGCAAAAGCUGGAAGCUCUUCUCCGUCAGCAGGAGGACGAAGGGAGUUGUACUCCCCGACCGCCGGUCACAGCAGCGACUCCUCUCCAUCCCUUUCCCCGGCGAAAGAACGGAGUCACUCUGGCUCUAGAAGGGAAAGCUCGAUUCUCCAUAUGGCUUCCACCGCUGCUGCUCCUCUUUCCUCCAAGGACAGGAGCCCCGCAGACCGGAGAAAGAGGUCCCAGUCCAGGGAGAGGAGAACCAGCAGGUCUCCCCAUCCUCCUUCCUCCAAGGACAGGCGCUCCGCAGACCGGAGAAAGAGGUCCCAGUCCAGGGAGAGGAGAACCAGCAGGUCUCCCCAUCCUCCUUCCUCCAAGGACAGGUGCUCCGCAGACCGGAGAAAGAGGUCCCAGUCCAGGGAGAGGAGAACCAGCAGGUCUCCCCUUCCUCCUUCCUCCAAGGACAGGCGCUCCGCAGACCGGAGAAAGAGGUCCCAGUCCAGGGAGAGGAGAACCAGCAGGUCUCCCCUUCCUCCUUCCUCCAAGGACAGGCGCUCCGCAGACCGGAGAAAGAGGUCCCAGUCCAGGGAGAGGAGAACCAGCAGGUCUCCCCUUCCUCCUUCCUCCAAGGACAGGUGCUCCGCAGACCGGAGAAAGAGGUCCCAGUCCAGGGAGAGGAGAACCAGCAGGUCUCCCCCCACACCUCGCCGUCCCAAAACUGGAGACCGUCCCGGCAAAGACGGUUCGUCCCCCCAGCAGCAGCCCGCUAUAAGAAGAGAAAGGUCUCCCGCUUCUGAGAAACCCAGGGGUUAUUCCUCACCUCCCCAAAAGAGAAGGGGCACAGAGAGACGAGGGUCCGAUUCCUCCUCCUCUUCCCCUCAUAGAGAGGGGCCCAGAUCGCCCCCGAUGCAGUACAGGCGCUCCAAUCCCUCAGCCAUUCGAAGGGAGAGGUCCCCAGCCAGGGCUAGAGGUUCUUCGCUGGGCAGCAGGGGGCAGAAGCGAUCCCAUUCGAGGGAGAAGGAUCGGAAAAGGGGAGGAGAAAGGCCGUCUCCCAGACCACACGAUAGGUACCCCCACUCCACUGGGAGGAGAGGGGGGGGCAGGUACCAAUCCCCAAAAAGGACCCGAAACCGUUCUAGGUCCGUCUCUCCUUACUCGAGCAGAAGGGGCUCGCCCGUUAUCAGAAGGGAGAGGAGCAGCCGAGGGGAGAGGAGCAGGAGGAGAGAGUCGCCAGUCGCAGCUUCUAGAACCUCUGGGCGGCGCCGAUCCAGUUCGAGAUCGAGGAGACAGGGUUCCCCCCGGGCCAGGAGGAGUCCGGCCAACAGGUACCGCGCCUCCUCCCCUCCCUCUCGGAGACGCUCCCGCUCUAGAACACGUUCCGGAGCGCGGAGUCGGCGCUCUGCCGAUCGGAGGACGCCCCCUCCACCUGCCCGGGUCCAGAAAAGCGGAACUGGACGGGUUCCGGAGCGGAAACCCAGAACCCCUCGCUCCUCCAGUUCCUCCAGCUCCUCUUCCUCGUCUUCGUCUUCGUCCUCCUCGUCCUCUUCUUCGUCCUCCUCUUCUCCCUCCCCCAAGCGCAGGGCUGGAGACCCCCCUAGGGGUUCUGUGUCGCCCGGGGUGGCAGCUGGCAGGGGGACUAAAGAGGGAAAAGGCAACAAGUCAAGUUCUAGAUCUCCCAGUCCUCCAGGGAAAGUCCAAGGAAGUUCUGGGUCACCAAUCAGGAGCAACGACAACAGCAGCACCAAUGCAGCGCACUGGAAAAGGAGUAGUUCUAGAUCUAAAUCUAGAACGCCACCUGAUACUACUGAUGCUAGUGCGGCGUUCCCCGGGGCUGGGCCGCAGAGAGGGAGCCGAUCGCGUUCCAGAUCUCUGGAGCAGAGGCAGUCGAUCCCAGUGCUUCAAAGCAAGGACAACUGUCGGAGUGAUUCUGGUUCUGGAGCCCCUGCGGCAGCCCUCGGCACCAGGAGGGGGUCAGGUUCUAGGUCCCCGGCGAAGGGGCGGUCGCGUUCUAGGUCGGUCAGCGAAGCCGCUCAGCCGGUAAAGAGGCAGUCCGCUUCCAGAUCGCCCAGGAGCCCUACGAAGAGCCCGUCAAGUUCCGGCUCACGUUCUAGAGCGCAUUCUAGAACCGGAACCUCGGAGAACUCCGGAGAGCCGCCGGUUAAGAGAGGGAGGGUGGAGCUGGCAGUGGAAUUGGAGGGCAGCCAGUUGAAGGAGCCGGGGAAGGGAGAGGCUGACAGGAAGAGGCAGGGCCGGUCUUCGUCUUCCUCCUCCUCCUCCUCCUCCUCCUCUUCCUCGUCGGACGAUUCGGAGUCCGAGGGAAGCAAGAAAGUCAGUUCACAGUCCCAAGGGGGCGUGUCCGAACCCAAGGAGGCGGGGAGUAAGAGCUCCUCCUCUUCCUCCCCAGACUCCUCCUCUUCCUCCUCGUCUUCAGACUCCUCCUCCUCCUCCUCUUCAGACAGCGAGACUCCAGCAGACACGCCUGCAGGAGAAGAUGGGAAACGCCCCAGAAAGCCCGCUGAUUCGCUGAGAGACUCUCGAUCGCUCAGCUACUCCCCGCCCACCGACGGGAGAAGAUACGCCCCUGCCACGCCCACACUCAGGGGUCAGAGGUCACCCAGCCACUCCCCUCGAAGGAAGAGGAGAAAGGACUCCCCAAAACCACGACGCAGGUCGCCUUGACGUGAGUUCCCUGCGAUUUGAACUAACAAAGCCCUUGUUUGUUAUUUUGAGUUGAUAUGUGUGUAUGUAUAUGUGUGUGUGUGUGUGUGUGUGUACACAUCAAUGUGAAUGAAUACAUUGAACUGUGAAAACUCAAUCUUCAGAGGGGGAAGGCUUACUAGAGAAACAUUUCAACAAAAGGAUCUGUCAUUUAUUAAAAAAAAUAAAUAAACAAAACACACCAUCUGAACUCGACAGACAGACGAACACACUUUUUUCUUUCUUCCUGUGUUGUGUUUCUGUGUCAACAUGUCGAUCGAAACAAUUUUGGGAAAGAAGCAAUUAUUGUAGGUUUUUUUUUUCUUUUUUUUCUUUUAAUGAAA